UUCCAUCCAAGAUCUUCUGGCUCCAUGCUGAGUGCCUAAGUCUUCCGUUGCGUUACCAGCAGGCACUGCGGUCGCAGAUCUUGUCUCUAGGGAAAUGAUUGCUUCAGAGUCUGAAGAGUAUGACAGCGGCCUCCCUACUGAUAGUGAAUGCAAAACCCAGCAAAGAACAUGUUCUUCACAAAAAGAUGGUUUGUCGGAUUAUGGAACUGACCGCUCUUCUCCAGACACAGGUCAAGUGCUAUCGGAGAAGGGUGGCCCAUAUGAAUCCAAGAUUCAAGCCACCGCCAUGGAUUUAAGACAAAAGGCCGAAGAAAGACAUGAGGAGUCAGCAAGUAAAGAUAAGUCUCACACAGUGACGUGCACAAUCACCAUCUGUUUUGCCAUCCCAUCACCACCCAAAAAAGAAGACUACGAAUCCAUUGCUGAUCAUAAAGGAAAGGGAAAUGGUAAGCACCACAAGAAGGUCAUUGAAGCUCCGAAAGCCCAGAAAUAUUUCCACUUUGAGUACUUUCUUCUCCCUGAAGACACCGAACCCACCAAAGUGGAUGUAGUGAUGUUUGGGGUUGUGGCCAAGCUGUACAUGGAGCAUGAGACUCGGUUGUUAAAACCAUGGCAAGAAAAUGAGAAAAUUUGGUUGACAUGGAACCACAGCGUUGAACUCUGUGUCACAAAAGAAGUUUUAUUGAAAGCGUUAAAACAUCAGAUCCGUGUGAAAGUGUGGAGCACGAAAGACAAAGUGUCCGCUAAAGCUAGAUUUGAUCGACCAAAGGCUUUUAGAGUGUCAACUGUGAAACAAGGGGAAGACCCUGAAGUAAAGCAUUUAGUAUUGAAUCAGAGAAAACUGUUUGAGGACAGUCUGCCCCGACAGAGUUUUUUUCCUGAAAAAAAUGGAAAUGUAGUGUAUAAAGAUGACUACAAUACUGAAGCCCUAAAGGGUGCAAAACAUGAGAAAUUUCCACCUGCCAUAUUCCCAAAACCUGGCAUGUUGGACCUGGAGCAGGACACUUCAGUCAAAAGGUUAGAGAUGUCUAAUACUGGCUUAUCCGUCUUGGCUCAGUGUGAAAAAUCGCCAGCAGGACAGACUGGAAAGAAGAAAUCAGCAAAGAGCUCGGCAGACAUGAAAGUCAAUUUACAGGGACUCCAAUCGAACAUACAAUCUUCAAAAGAUCAGAAACUAGAAGUAUCAUCAUCCAAGGGAGAACAUGGUGUUCUGCACCAUCUGAAGUACUCUGAUACAGUUAUCCCAUAUGAAGUCAGGAAAAAAUCAGAGACAGAGAGGUAUGAAAACACGGCAAGUGCUCGAAUACCUCAAGGAGAAAGGAAGUGCUUGACUUUGAGCAUUGAUUUCAUGCCGCUCCUUGCUGGAGAUCUGUCAGUCACCAGUCGUCUGCAGGAGUGCUCAUAUCAUAUAUUAGACUGUUAUGUGACUUUGGCCCUAAACACUCCAUUACUGUCCCAUCAGCAAAGACAUGAUCUCAAUCCAAUGGUUAUUCGGAUCCUUUCAGCUACAUGUCUCCCCGCAUUACCAACGCCAAUUAGUGUUUUACAGGAGAAGUGUAUCCCAGUGUACUGCAGAUACAGAUUCCAGGAUCAUCUUUUUCACCAAACGCAUGGGCAGACACAUGGAACACACGUCUUUUUCAAAGACGUCUAUGUCGUUUUCGUAGGAACUAUGAGUCCUGGAAAGUUGCGUGAAUUUCUUCUUGGCCCGCCUAUAGAGAUUGAGGUACAUGAUCGAGAUCAGAAAAUAAAGGAGAAUAUCAGCAGGCCAUCACUUUUUGGCAUGGAGCCUGAAGAUGAAAAGCUAAGUAAUGUCGGACUUAUAACUUCUAAGAGCACUAUUCAUAACCCCUUCACUCAGCGAGACAGGUUGUCGGAUCCUUAUGGAAUUGCAAAAAUGAGAUUAUCUGAACUGGUCUAUGGGGCAACAUACUUGAAUAUAUCUGUUCCCAUCCUCAGCUGUGAAAGUCCAGAUGCUACAGAGCAUCGCUCCGAGGGCAAAAGUGGUGGAAUAAUUGGAUCAGAUAUUGAUAGCCAAGUGUCUCCCUUACCAGUAGGACAUUAUUUAGAUGCCCAGUCUCAUCUCAAAGUAAGAGUAGACCUGGCAGUGCCACUUUCCUCUGAGGCUGUGACUCCUGAUUGUCCUUUUGGACGUAUCAUCUACAUUUUUGAUUAUAAGAACAAUAAAUUGUUUCAAGAUCUUAUCAUGAAGAUAACAGAAAUCAACUGUCGUGCUCUCAGUCUUCAGCCUGACCCCAGAGGUCUCUCCUUGGAUGCUGUCUCCAGAGUGUGUUUAACAGAUGAUCAGAAAGGCGACACUUCGCUGGAUGUUAUCACCGGCAUUCAUAUCAUGGAUGGAGACAUUCACCUCUUUAUUUUAGAAGGUCUGCGACAAAAUGCUGUGAAAGAACUGUGGGAGACAGUGCCAUCCAGAGAAGCAGAACAGAAGGGAGGGCUGGAGAUUCUGUACAAUUCAGAUAUGACUUUUCACGAGCGUUUAUACAAAGAUCUUGGAGUGUUGUUGUGUCACGUCCAUCUGCACGAACCUCUGUACUCUUUAGUAAAUCAGCCACUUCUCUACAUCAGAGACAUGGUCCCUCCAUUAUGCUUCCAAGCUUUGUCCAGGUUAGACUAUCUCUGCAGUGCCAAGAAGUUACGAGAUGUCAUUCAGAGAGACCUCCUGCCUUCUGUAGAAAUGAUUCACCUGCUGAGUCGAGAAUUUGGAAUUCCACUUAAACUUGGAGAUUUGUUUGCAGAUGCAGAACAUACUUUCAGCAAAAAGCUGGUUAUUUCAGAGAAAGAAGACAAAGGUUUGCGAUGUCCUCUGCAUAUACCCUUAGAUAAUUUUAAUGAAAAUUACAUUCACUUUAAGAGGGAGAAUGAGAAUAACCAGACAAAAGACCACAUUCAGAUGAACAUUGACCGUGUUUGGCAGCUGAAUAGAAAGUUGAAAAAACCUGAAGUGGAGUAUGUGGAGAUUGUUCCUGUUGAUGGGGUGACCGUUCACAAUUACAGCUCGCAGACGCUCAACUCUGCAGAACUGGCGCUAAAGAUUUUACGACAGAGAUUAGCUGCGGAACCAAGCCACAGAUACACCUACUCUCUAGAUUACCAGUCAGCUACUGUGAGUCCAGUAGAUGUUGUACAGGAACUGAAAAAACAAGCUGCAAAGUCCAGAGCGGACUGGAUGACGUCAAAUGGUUUUCUGUAUCCAGGAUUCAGGAGCAGCAUUGAAAGCAACAAACACCCCAAAAAUCCAGAUGAUGCUCGGAUCCUGGAAUUAACCAAGGUCUGGAAAGAAAAUAUUCUGCACGCAAACACCCUCCAGCCCACGCUUUCCCGGGACCACUGGAGUUGGGCAGAUCGCCACCUUGAAUUUGACCUAUAUAAGAAGCCCUGUGAGAGGGGUUCUCUGUCUGCCCCAGGCACGGUCCAAGUUAUCGAUGAAACUUUGCAGGAAGAAGCUAUAGAAAGUGUUCAGCCCGCAGAUAUUAAGCAAAAAAUGAGAUUCCAUCGAUGUUUGCCUCAGACAGAGCGAACAGCACAGGGACCUCAUGCAAGUAACCAGCAGAGCAGACUUGAAGGACUGUUAAAAGAUAAAGGAGCCAAGUUGUCUCUGAGAAAGUCUGGUCUUGCACUUCAGCCCAUGCCAGCAUUGGCCGUAAUACCAAAGUCAGGAAGUAAUGGAAGCAAAAUGGGGAUCAACGGCAUGGGUUUUAUUCCAGGAGAACUUAAAGAUCACAGCUUGAAAUGGACUGACAAUGCUAUUCCCUGCCAUAACAUGAACCAUGAGACGUACCGGAAGCUGAGAGGGAAAGACUUUACCUCUAAUUCUACAGACCAUUCAGUCAUUUACAAGAGGAAAAUAAAGGAGUUGAGCGCCGAGGAGAAAAAUUCCUUCAUCCUCUUAAAGUCUGCACCAUCAGGUGUCAAAGCCAAUUCCGCACCAAAGACGGCGGAUGAAUUUCAGAACGUUGUUCGGAUCCAGAGCCACAAAGGUUUUCUGCUUCAUAUUCAAUAAUUGGCAACCACCCACCCACCCAUAUACGGAUGACCUUUGUCAAUAAAAUAACACUUCAUAUGAAAUCAUGCUCUUUAGGCUUGUGUUACAUAUGCAGGAAGAUGGACACCGUAGAAAAUCACUGAGCGUCUGAGGACAAUAAUUGACUUCUAGAGAGACUGUUUUGAUGACUAUUACUUUUGCGUUGAGUAUGCUGCUCUGUCUAUAGGCAGAACGUUAUGGGGCAGAAGAUGCUGAGCAGCAUGCACAACAUGACAGGUUUGUAACUUUCUACAGGAUAAUGCUAGGUGUGUAUUUUUGGAGGUUAAUCAAAGUUCUCCUGGGCAUUUUUGCAUUUGUCUGGUUUAGGAAACCUAAUUUCGAAUCCCAUGGUAAAGGGGUUGUCCCACAAAAAAUAUUCUACAGUUUUCAAACCAGCACCUGAA